AUGAAUUGGGUCACCCUGAAUCUAUUGGGAGACGAAAUGGCCUUUACUGUUGCGUACCCAUCCGAGGAGACUAUAAAAUCUGUACCCAGCAAACCAUCAUGGUUACAGCUUCUGACCCAGUACAAGGGGAGUUUUCGGCAGGACGAUACAACGCUCGCGAACGAAAUGCAACGUGUCAUACGUAAAGAAAUCAAACAUACGACGAGAUCUGUUUCAGUGAUUGAAGUAUGGCGAAUAUUGAGCGCAGAGGUAUCCCACAGGGAGCCAUCACUUCCCUUUAACAUCAUGCCUAUCAUUGUGAACGGCAUGCGAUUCAACACUGAGACUCAUGCACAAUCGAAGCCCACCACGCUCCUUACGGAAUAA